UGCGUGCUCCUUGUCUCCACAGAUGAGUUCGUUCAGCACGAGGGCCCUGACGCUGCUCUCCUCGGUUUUCGGCGCCUGCGGUUUGCUGCUGGUGGGCGUCGCCGUGUCGACGGACUACUGGCUGCUGAUGGAGGAGGGCAUCGUGCUGCAGCAGAACCAGACCACCGAGGUCAAGAUGGCGCUGCACUCCGGCCUCUGGAGGGUGUGCUUCGUGGCCGGGCCGGAGAAGGGCCGAUGUGUGGCGUCGGAGUAUUUCACCGAGCCGGAGAUCGAGAUCACGACGGAGAACACAGCCAACAUACUCAAAAUGGUCCGGACCGCCACUCCCUUCCCGAUGGUCUCCCUGCUCUUCGUCUUCACCGCCUUCGUCAUCAGCAACAUCGGACACAUCCGGCCGCAGCGCACCAUCCUCGCCUUUGUCUCCGGAAUAUUCUUCAUCCUGUCAGGUCUCAGCCUGGUGGUCGGACUGGUCCUAUAUAUCUCCAGUAUUAAUGACGAGGUGAUGAACCGACCCAGAGAGGCCGAGCAGUUCUUCCACUACCGCUACGGCUGGUCCUUCGCCUUCGCCGCCUCCUCCUUCCUGCUGAAAGAGGGGGCCGGGGUGAUGUCCGUCUACCUCUUCAUGAAGCGCUACGCCGAGGAGGAGCUGUACCGGCCCCACCCCGCCCUCUACCGCCCCCGCAUGUCCGAAUGCAGCGACUACAGCGGCCAGUUCCUCCAUCCGGACUCCUGGCCUCCGCCGCAGCGCGGCCGCAGCGCCUCCGACGUCUCCUCCGACAUCUCCAUCCAGCUCAACCAGACUCCACCGUCGCAGGCGCAGACCAGGGGGGGGGGGGGCAGCUCCCAGGCGACGCCUUCCUCCGGGCCUUCGUCGGCGGCCAGUUACCAGCUCCAGCAGGCCUCCUCCUCCUCCACCUCCUCCUCCUAUCCGCACCCCCUCCACCUCGCCGCCGCUUCCACCCUGCCCCGAGCCUCCCACGGCCACGGCGUCCCCCAGCCCCACCCCCACCCGAGCGGCCCGCCGCCCCAGCCCCUCCCCAUGGGGGUGCCGCCGUCUGCCGUGCUUCCUCCGCGCUAUCACUCGCACAUGCGAAUGAGCGCCUCGCCGUGCUAGGCUACGUACUUGGAGAAGGGGGAGGGAAAUCACAACUGGGGGGGGGG